AUGUUUUCAGCAUCAUGGACGACAAAAUGGCUUCGACUGGCGGCCACGGCUCUCGUUGGACUGCUCGUCUGCGCAGCUAUAUUUUCUAGCUAUCAGGUCUCAGAUAUCACCACGCCGUGGUGGUCAUUAAGGCGUUCGGAUCAUCAAGACACUGCCGAGACGGAAGAUGCGAACAAAGACACAAGCACUGAGGUUCCUCCCUCGUCGAGCGACGUCGAUUGGUCACGAUUUGCCUACACCCAAUAUGCCACGGACAGCGAAUAUCUCUGCAACUCAGUGAUGCUUUUCGAGGCCUUGCACAGGCUGGGCAGUCGAGCAGAUCGAGUUCUGAUGUAUCCGUCGCAUAUGAUGCCCAACAUCGAGGUGGAGCAGACGACGACAGAUGAUCAACGUCUUCUGCGCAAGGCUGCAGAGCAAUAUAAAGUGCGACUAGUACCGGUUGAGGUCCAGCACAGGAGUGGUGACGACGCUACCUGGGCCGACUCUUUCACCAAGCUUCUCGCUUUCAAUCAAACCCAGUACAGUCGCGUCUUGUCGCUGGACUCCGAUUCCACGCUACUCCAGUCAAUGGAUGAGCUUUUCUUGCUUCCCGACUGCCCUGUCGCAUUGCCGAGAGCCUACUGGUUAUUGCCCGACAAUGUCUUGUCUUCACAGGUCCUCCUCAUCCAGCCCACUGAGCACGAGUUCAACCGCGUCUACGAUGCCAUCGGAACUGCUGGGGAUGAUGACUAUGACAUGGAAAUUGUCAAUAACCUGUACAAAGACAACGCCAUGAUCUUGCCCCAUCGCUCCUACGACAUGCUCACGGGCGAAUUCAGAAACUUGGGCGAGCACGUCCAUUACCUUGGCAACGGCUAUGAGACAUGGGAUCCUGUCGCGCACUUCAACGAGGCAAAGUUCCUCCACUUCUCGGACUGGCCAGUGCCGAAGCCAUGGCACCAGAUGAGCGACAAGCUGCGGGAGGAGAAGCAACCCGCAUGUCGCCAAGUGGAGGGUGUCGAGAAGUGCGUGGAAAGGGAGAUGUGGAAUGAUUUCUAUGAUGACUUUAGGGAAAGACGCGAUACUUCGGAGACGACCACGAUGAUGCCAGCCGCGUUGGCGUACGUUAUUGAUUGUUUAGACAUGUCUCAAGUAGCAGAUUCAGCCCGACAAUGCCCCAGUAGCUACUUGUCUAGUGAAUGGAUUGUAUUGGAAGCAUCACGGACAGCAGAUCCAGCUUAUGGCGACCACAAGAAAGAACAGCCAUGGCACUAUGUGCCACAAUGGGAUGCUCAAGAUGUUGCUGCCUCGGACAGGCUGCCUCGCGCGUGA